GGCAGCGCAGUGCUGACGUCUGUGCAUUGUAGCCAGGGAUUAUGUGUGCAAUCAAAGUGGAUUUAGCCCGUGCAGGUUGAUGCUUGCAGUCGCGGUUGUGCUGUGCGCUUGCACUGAACAUUUCCACGGGCUCUGAAUGCCCAGGCUACAGUAUUUCUUCCGCCCGUCUCAUCAGCAUCGUUGAGACGCCCCGUUGUCCAUCAUGGACGAAAUUCCCAGUUUGGUGAAAAUCGGCGUCUCUUUGAAAAUCCAACCCGGUGACGGGCCAGUGUAUUUCAAAGUCGAUGGUCAGCGAUUCGGACAAAACCGGACCAUCAAGCUGUUAACAGGAGCGAAGUACAAGAUCGAUGUCGUGUUAAAGCCCGGGAUUGUAUCAGCAAAGUCGAUGAUGAUUGGGGCUGUACUUAUCCCCCUAGAAGAGAAAUCGAGGAACCCGCAAGUGGUGAAUUAUACUGGGAUCUAUGACACAGAAGGAGUGGCUCACACGAAAAGUGGGGAACGCCAGCCUCUGCAAGUCAACAUUCAGUUCAACGACAUUGGUACCUUUGAGACUGUGUGGCAAGUGAAGUUCUACAACUAUCACAAACGCGAUCACUGCCAGUGGGGGAACAGCUUUGGCAGCAUCGAGUAUGAGUGCAAACCCAAUGAGACUCGCAGCCUGAUGUGGAUCAACAAGGAAAUGUUUACCUAAGACGUAAUAUUAGAAAAUAUCACCUUAAACAUUGGCCUAGACAAGUUGUCAUUGUCUACACAAUAAAUGAAAAACCCAAGCCUUAACGUGGACACAAUUGGGUUGAAAUUGCACAAUGUGGUAUUGGUAAUGAAAACAUUAGUACUCAUGUGUAAUUGCUUUGCCUGCCGUUUAUUAUGGGCGUUUAUCCAAGUAUUUUAAACGGAUGGAAGAAUUUGAUACACAUGUAUUUGAUAAAAACAUUAUCAGAUUUGAUGCUAAUAUCACUCAGCAGAAUUUAAACUCCAGUAUCUCCAUUCCGAAAAUAACAUUUACAUUCUAAGACAACAGUUAGGAGAGUAAAUCAAUGUAAAAUGUAUGUGGGUAAAUUAAUGUACAAUGUCUUUGUUUAUUAUCCUAACAAAGCAGUCGGAACAUGCAUUUGUUAGAGUAGCAGUCAGUGAUUUUAAACAUAUUCCUAAUAUUACACAACAUGAUUCCAUCUGCACUUCAAGAUGAGAGAGUAGUGUACAUAAUUCUGUAAUGGCAGUCCUUUUAAGUCAUUUUCAAAAUUAGACUUAACAGGAUGCUACAUUCUAUUUUGCUCUGUGCUGAAUCUAUUUGGUCUACCUCUGAUUGAUGCAGGUGGUCUGGUGGUGAGCUAUGGGAAUAAGCAGUGUCAGUGUUAACCAGUUGAUGAACAAUUUGAAUAAACAACCAGUUUAAACUGUUCAUAUCAUUCAAUGAUGUUUUUUGUGCAUUUACUAUUCUUACAUGAUUAAGAUUUAAGGAAUUAUGUUGUGUUGCUGUGUGGAGUCACAGAGUUUUGUAUAAUAGAUGUGAAGUGCUCUUCUGUAAUGUUUCCUGGUUGGUUUGGUGGAUAAUGGGAAGGCAAUGCAAAACGUGUUAAGCUCUUGAUAAUAUGCAAUAAAAACAAUUCUAUAUGCAUCAAUAAGCCCAGGCAAAUUAAAUCCUUUUUUUGAUAUCCAGUACCAGUUACUUAAAAUAUUAUUAUGUAUAAGCAUUGCUUUAUUAAUUUUGCUGGACUAGAAAUGGAAUAGAAACAUUCCCAUAGACAAUUUUUUGGCUACCUUGCCGCUUCUUAUUUUUGGAUUAAGAAUUAGGAAGUUUGUUAUAUCCUGGGCUGUCAUGAAAUAAGAUAAGUACCCACAGGUGAGUCAGACACAAAAUAAUAGCAAAACUGUUGUGAGAACGACCCGUGUCGUUUCUUUAAGGAUUAGUAAAUACAUUCAAAAGAUAAAGAACAUAAGAAGAAGAGGCAGGAGUAGGCCUUUCAACCUCCACUCCUGCUCUGCCAUUCAAUAAGAUCAUGGCUGAUCUCUUACCUCAAUAUCAUUUUUUGGCACUAAUUCCUUGGCUUCCUUCAUAUCCAAAUUUCUUUGAAUCUCUGCCUUGGACAUUCUCAGUGAGUCAACCUCCAAGGCCCAAUUGGGUAGAGAAAUCCAAAGAUUCACUACCCUCUGGGUGAAGAAGAUUCCUCCCAUCUCAAUCACAUAAAGUGUGCUUUAGCUCCCUGAUACCAAACAAAGGUAUGCAGGAAACUAAGACAUUAGAGUGAAGAUUAAUGGGCCGAAUAAUCACCCUGCAACUUUGUAAACGUCACAUGAAGCGUGAAAGAGGCAUUUAUAGUGCGCCCAGAACAGUGAGGUGGGGCUUCCCUUUGUGGUUCAUGCUGAACCUGACUUUGCCCUUCUUAGUAUGUCUUUCCCUACUGUUGUGUUGCAUGUUCUCGAAAUUCAUUGAGUUGUCCAGCGUAGAAACAGACCCUCCAGCCCACCAAAUCUGUGCCAAACAUCAAACACCCACCUAGAUUAAUUCUAUAUCAAUCCCAUUUUGUUCUUUCCACAUUGCGAUCAACUUCCUCCAUAUUCUGCCACUCACCUGCAUGGUAGGGGCAACUUAUAGUGGCCAAUUAGCCCAACAACCUUCACACCUUUGGGAAGUGUGAGGAAACCAGAGCGCCCAGAGUGGGCAAACUCCACACAGAUGGCACUGGAGGUCAGGAUUGAACCCAGAGAUCUGAGGGAGCAGCUCUGCUAGCUGCGCCACUGUGCUCUCAGCAAUUGCUGGAGCUGGCCUUUUAGGGGAAAUACCAGAAUGCCAACAACGUUCUUCCAGCUACUGGGGAUAUUGCUACUGAAUGAAUGGAUGCUGCAAUGA